CUCCAGCAAACCCUUUCUUAAAAAAAAAAAAAUAAUAAUGAAGUUGAGAUAUAAUUUUAAAAAAAAUUAUAACUAGUACUCAAUCAAUGUCUUGUAUUUUCGACCAAGCAUGUUUGCUAGAAAAUGUCUUAUGUUGUAGUCCAGAAGGAGUAUCUCAAUAUUUGUGGGUCUCAUCCUCUAUUUUUUAACCAAUCAUGGCAUAAGGGUGUCAAAUGACUCCGUUCACAUCACAAGAGGCAAACUAAUUUGAACCAAACUGCAAAGGGUAAAUUGUAAUUACCAGAUAUUAUAAUAUUUUUAAGAGUAUAACCUAUUGUCUGAUGAUUUUCUGAUUUAAAAACCCAAGAAAUUGUUCUAGCUCCAUCAUCACUAAGGGCAGAAGCAAAACACCUCAUAGUCCAUCCUUUCCAAGAGAACUUCAACUAGCUUGUCUUCUCACACGCUGGAAUUAUCUGUAAAAUGAAUGCCAAUCAUCUCACCAUCUCCUUUUUCUUAACUUUGCUUCUACCCCUUGCAUCAGCAUUGAAUUCUGAUAGCUUGAAACGUGGUUCGAGAAACAUUCCGGCUAUGUAUGUAUUUGGGGAUUCCUUAUUUGGAAAUGGGAACAACAAAUAUCUUGGUUUUCCCUCAAAUGAUGCAAGUUUUCUUCCUUAUGGCAUGGAUUUUGCUGGCAGCAAACCUACUGGGCGAUACACGAAUGGAAAAACAGUGGCUGAUUACCUUGCUAUACUUCUUGGGCUACCCUUCCCCCCUGCAUACCUGAGUCUUUCAAAGCGUCAAAGAAGUAAAAUCACUACAGGGAUUACUUAUGCAUCUGGUGGUUCUGGUAUUCUACAGGAAACCAACAAUAAGACAAGUUUAACAUUACCCACACAACUAAAGAUCUUUAACAGAACUGUUCAAAAUGACUUACCGAAGAUGUUCAAGGAGCAAGCAGUAUUGGAGAGGCAUCUGUCCGAAUCCUUGUUUGUUAUCAGUGCAGGGGUCAAUGAUUACGGCCAAAUUGAAAACAGAAUCUUGCCCUCCACUCGCUCAUUUGCUCUGUUCCUGUUAAAAGAACUUUCCAGACACCUGCAGGAACUGUACAAAUUUGGAGCAAGAAAGUUUUUGGUGAACAAUAUUCCUCCAGCAGGGUGCUUUCCAUCAAUUGCUGCCCGCAUGACACCAAGAGGAAAUUGCAAUGAAACAAUGAAUAGAGUGAUCAAUUCUUACAAUGAGAGGCUGCCGAGAAUGCUAUACCAGUUGCAGUCUCAGCUUCCUGGAUUAAUCUUUGUGCAUUCCGAUCUUUACGGGUUCCUUGUAGAGAUGAGGACAACUGCACAUAAAUAUGGGAUAUUGGAUACGUGGAAGCCUUGCUGCCCUAAUAGAGUUGAUGGUGAUCUCAAGUGCCGUCGCAACACUAUUCCCUGUGAAGACAGAAACACUCAUCUUUACUUUGAUGAUCAUCCGAGUCAGGUCACAAAUGACAUAUAUGUAAGACGCUGCUUCAAUGAGACAACAAUUUGCAGACCUCUGAAUCUCAAACACUUUGUGCGUGCCUAGCACUCAGUGAUAUUGAUGCAAUGUUUUGAUCAGUUGAAUUCUGACGAGAUAUUGAGAAUCUAGUAAAUUGAGUUAUGAAGUAUUUGUCGUUUUAUUGGCUAAGGAGAUGGCUAUUUAUAAUACACCUAAGAUAAGAGUGUCUUUGUAUGGUUCUAGUAUUGGUACAAAUAAUAGUCCGAGGGUUAAUCUAAUAAUCACUGACUCGAGCUUUUCACUAA